UUGCGGGCGAUUUUUUUAUUGUGGUGGGGUAAGGGGGAAGUGUUGGUUGUGUAGAUUUAAAAAAAAAAAAUUUGUUACUGCACGUGCGGGAGAGUGGUGAUUUUUGUUAUUUACAAUUGGAAGCAAAGCAGCUUUUGUGCGUCUAGUCGACCCCGCGCGCUGCCGGCCGGCGCGGGGCCUUUGGCUGCCGCCUCUGCCCGGGAAGAGCCCAAGUGCCCAAACGUACCCAUGGCCUGGUUCCCGAACACCUUCGGCGCCACAGUCGCCACUGCAUCGUGGCCCGACUCUGAGCAUGAGUGCGGCUACUUCUACGACGACCCCGAUGAAGACGACGAGCUCUUCCGGGCCGGCAGCUUCUAUUGUGCCGCGCCCGGUGAGCACAUCUGGAAGAAGUUCCAGCUGCUGCUCGGGCCCGGGAGCGGCUCUGUGCCCGCGCCGGGCCCCCUGUACGUGGGCUGCCCUGCGUCUCCGGGUUUUUUGACGCCGCCAUCGCCGCAGCGGCUGGUGGAUGAGGGCGACGUGGCGGCAGCCCUUCCUUCCGAGCGGGGCGCGGCGCAAACCUCGCCGUGGCCCGUUCUCGUCCGCGACUGCAUGUGGGGCGGUGCGGUGGCGGCCGUGGCCGUGCAGGGCUCGCCGGGGGCAGGGGGAGGACGCGGCGUCGGUCCUGCUGGCGUGUCGGCACCGCGGGUCGUGCCGCCAGAGCUGGGGCCACUGGUGCUUCCGUCGCGGUCGCCGUCGCCCGCGUAUGGACACGCGCGUGCACGUGUGCUCGGCCGCACGGACUCGGUCGGCUCCGACAGCGACGGUGGGAGCACCAGCGCCUCCGACUCCGAAUCCGCAGAAGACGAUGAAGACGAUGACCAUGAUGAUGAUGACGACGAUGAUGACGAUGAGAUAAUUGACGUGGUGACGGUCGGGAAGCACCGUACAGGCGACACGGCGGCACCGGCUUCGGCGCAAUCUGCCGCCUCGUGCCGCCCCUUUGCUCUCCUGGUGCACCAGGAGCAGCACAACUACUCGGCGCCAUCACCCCCGACCCGGCCCGCGGCUGCCCCCCUCAACUCUCGGCACUCCCAGCCAGCCAAGCGGCUGGCACCGCCACCAGCGCUGAAAUCCUCGUGCGCGCUCCGCUGCAAGCCUCGCGCCGCCGACCCCGUUUACGAGAUUGCGACCGCCGUAAAAUCGCCAACGUCCAGGAAAGGGGCGAUAGCGGGACCGUCCCUCGACGUGACAUGCCACGCCGCGCAAGGCCUCAGGCCGUGCGUUGUCACCACCGCCGGCCCGCGGUGCGGCGCGGGGUCCCCGCCGCGCCACGCCGCCGGGCUGUCGCUCGUGCCGUUCGCAUCCUGCGCGCCAGUCUCGGCCGCCUGCUCCGACUCGGGCUUCACUUCGGGCUCGGGCGACGACUCGGAUGAGCACGGUCGGCGGCGCAACCACAACUUCCUGGAGCGGCAGCGGCGCGAGGACCUCAAGCGCAGCUUCCGCGCGCUCCGCGACGAGGUCCCCGAGCUGGCAGGCAACGAGAAGGCGGCCAAGGUAGUGAUCCUGCGCAAGGCCGCGGAGAGCGCCGUGGCUGCCACGCGCCGCGAGCUCGGCCUGCUGGCCGAGAAGGAGCAGCUCAGGGCCCGCAGGGCCCAGCUGCAGCGGCGCCUCCUGCAGCUGAAGAAGGCGGCGUAGGCCAAGGUGCUGCCACCCUGUCUCCGCCUCGUCCGCUCUUCAUCUAUGCCCGUUACGCGUCUCUUAAAAGUUAUUCUGUUUCCCGCGUGAUAUACGGAAGGGUGGCCCUGUGUGUGUUCCCCGGAUAGCGGGUGUUUAUUGUUGAAAGCAAAAACAAAGUUAUAGUUUGUUGGGAAUGUUUGUAUUUUUUUACAUAGUUGGGCAGCCUCUGCUCACAGAGGUUUGCAGGUUGUAGCCCAGCACUCUUACAUUUGCGCACCUUUACUGUGAGCCAAACCGACAGUCCAAGGACGUUUAGAGGCUCCUUUGUCUACUAGAGGUUUGAAAAUACGAUUGUAUGAACAAUGCAGCCUGGCUGCCAUUUACAUUUCAUGGGAGAAAAAAAAUGCAAUAUUUUAUUAGAGCAUUUCUACACUAAAAAUAAAUGUACCAUACAUUUUUGUUUAAUUUUCAACUAAAAUAGGUGUUUAUGAUAGUGGCUGUCAGGGUCAGGAAAUGCUCUAAACCAAGGCGGGUGCCCAAGCUGUCGCCAGAAGCCAUUGUAUGGUUCCAUCAGCAUCUGCACAACAGAGUAGGGGGGGGAGUUGUACUGUUGGCGGCUGCAGCAGUCUUGUUGGUGGUGAUUGUGUUGAGUGAUGAUGCAUGUUCUGGCGGUGAAUUUGCUGACUGUCACAGAGAUAGUGAUGUGGCGAUGGCUGUGUUUUCUUGUUAUUGAUGUGGUGAUGACAUAGUCGGUGGUUAUAAUGGUAUUAAGGAUAAUAGCGAUGUGGAUGGUGGUGAACGAUGUCGCGGUGUCAUUGUAGGAAUAGUGAGCUGGUAAAGAUGGCGUGGUUUCUGCUGAAUUUGUGUCAGUGGUUCUGGAUGUGGUGAUGGAUGCGAUAAUCUCAGCCACCUGGGGCAGCCUUGCCACAGUAUCGCCAAACAAGCCUAUGGCUUUGAUACACUUUUUGGGACCUCUGGGUUCAAAUAGCAGUCAAGUUACACUUGAGCUGGCAGCAUGUUUUGGUGUAAAGGACCAUGUGACCUCUAGUAGCAGAAGGUUGGCCUCUAAAAUGUUGCUUGAAUUGCUGGUGAUGAGCAAAAUACCGCGAGCCUUCGCUUGACGCUACUCAACAGCAUCCGGCGAAGGAGAAUCCGCGGCGCGUCUUUUUACGUAAGCAUCACACUUUGGUAAAAUAAAACUACUUAAGCACAAAGAUACCUUUCUUAGAGUAUAUGAUAAUAAAAAUGUUUUAUACACGAUAACAAUUGGAUAUUGGAAGGCAGCGCUUUCUGACCAAAUAUCCAUAAUGUGACAGGUUUUGUAGUGAACGCUAAGGACAUCAUCAAAAUUAAAAUAUACACUGUGGAAUGUAUCAUACACUUUUUGCGGAAUGUAAUGGCAUUUUUAGUUUGCGCAUCUCUGCCUUUGCGUGUUAAAUUGUGAUUAUAAUGAUUCUGAAAUUUAUUUUUGCCAAAUAGAUGUUCUGAACAGAUCUUUUUUUUGCUAUGACACAAUGCACAGAAUUUCUCGCUUUAAUCUUUAUGCCGAAUCGGGCUUGCGUUUUGCACAGGUUUAAGUCCGUAUCUUAGAAGCGUGCUGUACUCAAGCGCGUGCGCGCUUGUGAUGGCUUGAGCCAGGGGCGAGCCCCCCUCGCCUGUUCCCUACCCAGUUUAACUCCUCCGUCUGUUUCUGCAGUGACUGAUCCCGAUACACGCUUUCAUGAGGUGGCAAGCUACAGCGCUGUAUUUCUCUCACAGUUUGUAAUGCUUGGAGGUGGCUCACUGUCUGAUAACUGAGCACCAGCCUAGAUUUAUGUCUAGGCAGCCAAACCAAGAAUAAAGCAUUCUCAAGUGGAGCAAUUGAGGAUGUAAUGAUUCAUCGAAUAAAAUCGAUUUGUAUGCCCACCACGCAUGACUAUCAUGCGUGUAAGAAGCGAUUAUUUUCAAGAUGUGUAUAUUCAUGAAAGCGCUGCAGCCCCGCUCAUGGCUUGCACAUGCAUCACAAUAGCAAACAAGGAAUUGAAUCGUGAGGAGGUGAAUCAUUACAUUCAUAGAAGCACACUUGGUGGUCCCAGCUCAGUCACCAGUGGCUGCACACACAAACCCCAUCGUUCAAAUUCGUAGUUUAUUUUCAAGUGCUCGUUUUUCCAGCUCUUGAUGACUUAUUUUAAUGAAAAUGGCGUGACCACCUCUCGUGCGAACAUUAAGGUCUGUUUGGCCUUACGGUGCUGCACCCUUUAAGUCCGUUCGAAAGUCUCUUCUCAAGAGGUGCAGGAAACCUUAACUCUCCAUUGCAAAAUAAAAGUUUUUCUCAAUGGGCUUACACAUGGCCAUAAAUACAGUUCGUGUACGUACGCAUUACUGCACAUUGGCCUUGUAUCUUCUGCCGCCUUAUUUGGAAGCGUGUAACAUCUCCCAAGCGCAUUCCAACCGAAUCCUCUCUCCUAGGAGACCUCUCAUGGUAGACCGCUGCCACUUACACUCGGGUCAGCAGGCGCAGUUCACAGGCGUCGGUGGGAGGUAGGGGGGGGGAGGUUGCGGGAGCGCGUCUCUUUUUGUUGUUGCAAAACCUGGAUGGAUUUAGCAAUUGUAGAGAUUAUAGAACCGUCUUCAGGGAUUUGACAAAGCGAGCCUAGGGCUGCACCACCGCGAUUCUCUUUAAUGUCCACGUUCAGGUGCGAGACGGGGGAAUGAAAAUAAAAGUCCCAUCAGGUUUUUUUUUUGCGCGCUACAACAGGGUAGGGAGAGAAGGUCUUGCGGACGCGCGUGAGCGGGCGGGCGGGUGGGAACCGUGGUUGUGUGAGGUCUCCCCCCUCCUCUUGGGAGUAGGGGGACGACGGUCACGUCUGGGGUCGUCGUGGCUCCGGAUUGGAGAGGCGCCGGGUGCAUGGCGCCUGUCGUGACCCAGUUUCGGACGAGCACGCACGCGCUGGUUAAAUCGCUUAAUUGGUCAUGUGGAUGUUUAACGCAGCAGCGCCGAAACUCGCAGCCUGCUCCACUGUGUGCGCUCCGAGCUGCGGAGAGGCAUUUUUUGGUCACUUUGUUUAUAUAUAUGUUUCAAAGAAGGUGUAGAGGAUCAUUUACGGCAAAAGCGUAACGUUUUGCAGCAUUGCCAACCCGUUGUAAUUCAAUGGUGUUUAUUUCCUCGUCCCUUGUUUUGUUGAUGGGGAAAUGGUUUUUGUAUUUUUAUGGGGAUGUUUUUUUAUUUUGUCGCAAAGACUCUGCUUGUUUAAGGCACCAAUGGCUGACCCCGCUUGAUGUCACAUCCCACGUGGUGGAAACCUGCAGGAUUGUGUGAAAUUCCAAGUCAGUUGAAACAAUAUCGUAACAUCUCGUAAAGUAUAAAUCCACUCAACUAAGUGCUCAUCACAUCACACUUGGUAGUAAGAUACGAGUCACUAAUAUAUCCGAUUGAACGACUGCAAGAUUUCUGCGUGGAGAUUUCUUCUUUGAUUUCACCGCACCACGUGUACAUUUGACACACCUUAAACUGGCAUGCUGUCAAAUCAUUCGAAAGAGUCCCAAUAACCUCGUGGGAAGUGCCCCAACACACUUUGAGCUGAAUCAAGGAACCUGUAUAACUCGUUAUAAACGUUUAUGGUUUGUAAGGCCAGACAAACGCACCACCACAACAGCAUGCUCCUGUGGUCAGAGGUUUAGUUAGACCAGUUUAUAAUUCAGCUGCCGUGUGGUUUGUGAUAUCAAGCAAGGCAAGGCUAUUUGCAAAGUGGUCUAUUCUUUCAUGAUAAGACAUAGUUGUGUGUAAGGGCUGUAAUGAUUAUUUAAGGUGUGUUAAGUAUUUUUUGGACUAAAUGUUUAGAUUUGUGUUAGGAUUGAGAUCAGUGGUUAGCAUUGUAACUAAAUGUAUUUGGUUUUUGUUGACAUAAUUUAUGUAUGAUUUCACUGCCUAACAGCGCCUUUAAUAUUUCAUUAGCUUUUAUUAUGCUAUAAAUAAGAUCUUGUGGUUUCUGGAGAGUGGUUUUGCUGUAUAUUAUGCGACUUAAAGGCAAAUGUACAGAUAUACGUGGGUAGGGGAAUCGAUGGAAUGUGGCAAUCACGGAAGCUUCACGAACCAAUUGCAUAGGUUGGACCCUUUUUACGCGAAAUAAGAUAAAUAAUUAUCGUGGAAUUGAUUUGGCUAUAAAUUGUUUGUGUAGAACCAAGUUCAAAGAUUUUUCAGCACGUUUAAAAUUAUUCCAUUGAACCAAUGCACAUACAGUAUCGUGUAAAAAGGACCACUGUUGUGAUAAGAACAAUAGAACAUAUUGUCAGUCUCAUGUCAAACCGCGUUUGAUUGGUUUAGAAGGCCCAAGUGAUCACAAAUGUCCCUGUGUGAUUGGCUCCAUUCCAGCGCGCCCCCUCCCCCGACAACUUUAGUCUAUUAACGGCGACUCCAGCCAAAACGAGGGACCUUGGUUGACAUCUAUAAGAGCAAGAGAGAAAAGGAGAAACUGAAUGGGAAGUCCGUAAGUGGAAUACGCGUGAGUGCUUUGCUCAGGCUUUCAUCAUUGUAGAAAGUCUUAAGGGCAAGGACUGUAGGCAGUGGAAGGGGGUUGACCUCUUGUUUUGAAGUUUCAUUGAAAAAAAGACUACAUUUGCAUGUAGGCGAUGGAGGUGAUGUACUGCAGAUCAAAAAUGAGGGGCCGGUCAUGGCUGCAGAUCAAAGUUGAGUUUUCGUGGGGGUGGCAGGUGGCACAGGGAAAGGAGUUGCACUGGAGCACUGAGCUAGUACCAUGAGAGUCGAGGUUCGAAUCUAGGUUCCAGCAGUCUGAUUAAACUGUGUUCUUAAGCAUGAUCGAGUUAAAAUUAAACGAAACUUAGUAUUUUUUCCAGGUAAAGCCCACUGAGCUAUGCAGCUCUUUUUCAGAAGCGACCUGGUCGCAAAUGAUAGCUCAACGAAGUGGCUUGCCAUGUGGAAAUGUAUAGCAGCCAAAUACUCUUAAAUGCAUGUUUCUAAAUGUGGAGGGAAAAACCAGAGGACAUGGAGAAAAAUCCGUCCGACCACGGGGAGAACAUGCAAACUCCAAAUAUACAGCAGGCGGCAAGGUCGGUAUAGAACCCAUGACCUCCUGUAUACCAGGUGAGAUAGUAAACAUCUCGCCACUGUGGCAAGUUGGUCUCCAGCUGGUCACCAACAACUGCCUGAACUGCAAGAAUAAGUUUAGUUUUUCACUUAAUUGGCAUAUUCUAUUUCUGAAAGUUUAAUGUUUAUAUUUGACCCAAAUAUAAAUUGGACUCAAAUAUGGAUUACUGCAGGGACUUUAGAAGGAGCUCUGUGAUAAACUACUUAAGAAGUUUUGUGUUGCCAUCGUUUGGGCUGUUUUAUGACAAGAUGGUGAAAUUGUUCCUUGAGAGCAUUCCAAAUCGAAUUGUAUUCGUCUCUUGGUGCCAAUUUAUAUUUAAAAACCUUAAAAUAGAUACUCUUUUUAACUAUUGGUGAGGACAGGUAAUGUGUCGAAUUCCAGUUGAUUUUGAGACACGAUCAAAUGGGCUUCAGUGGUGUAAAUUAGACUUUUGCUUAUGAACAACUUUCAACAACUCAUUGAACAUUCAGCAUCAAUAUUUCCACAGAGGCGCAUUGAGCAUUAGUUUAUGUAAUAGACGCGGUAAAGGCAGAUCCGUUUUUGAGUUGGCAUAUCUCACCAACUGCACCAUGAAGCCGCAAACGUCCAGGCUUCAUGAACUACACACAAUGGGCCACUGCCUUCAUACGUUAACACGGCCACUGCAGAAGCCAAGCCUCCGUGCGCCAUCACUGCCACUUGCCAGCACUGACCCGAAAGAGGCCGAUCGGCUCGUGUUUGUUCGUAAACAUAUGCUCAAAACCCAAGGCAAGGCCAAAUUGCCUCGUUCUCCGCCACGAAGCCACCGCCCUCCCCCAACCCUAUCCCGUGUGUCCCUUCUGUGUCUUGGUGUGGUGGAGAGAAGAAUCACUUUUCAUUGGGACCACACUUGUUUCCCCGCACCCUCCACGCAGGGAGGCUGCAAACCGUUACAUCAAGUUUCUCACUUGUGUCUUCCUACAAGUACUUUUUUUGUAUGUUGGGGGCUGUUUUUUGGCAAUCUUCAAAUGAUAAAAGAUGUGAAUUAUUUGUUAAAGGCUUCAAAUGGAGUUGAAUGGUAUGGUGAUGGAAGAAAUGUUUGCAUGGCAGCAGUUGCAAUUUUUGUCAUGGUGUUUUUGAGAGGGUGGCUUAAGAGAAUGUGAUUGCCUAAAAGAGCCUCCUUUGCGUAUCUCACACGGGGCAGAUGAUCAGAUGGUUUUGGACACUUUGUUGUACGAUUUUGGAGGUUUGUUUUUUUACUGUGUUCCAGUUUGCAAGGUUUUGCACAGUGUUUGGGUGUUGAUCACUCGUCAGCAGUUUGACAAGCUUCACGGCGCCCUCUGUCUUGUUUUUUACGG